CUUACCCUAAAUCUAAACAGACGAAAACGCACUUUGUUGAGGAAGUCAUCAUAAUCCACGGUAAGUGUUCUCCCUCUGUCGCACACUUGUACGACCUAGAUGAGCGCAACUGCGACAUUUUCUCGUAGGAAUUCACACAAUUUUCCUCUCUUCAUCGCGGAGGAAAUAUCGAGUGCUCCUCGGCCACCAUACAUCCGACAUCUCUAUCUCUCUCUCUCUCAAAUUUCAAUUUCCGUUCGCCGUCGGCUUCGAUUCGCCGGAAUUUCUCCGUUGAGUGACCGGCGUUCGGUGUCGUAGUUAGGUUUCCGUUCACUUUCGAAGGAAGAAUCUUCGAAUUUUGAGGAUCAAAAAGCAGAACAAGUCAAGGUGGAAAAUGACGAUUCUAAAUGAUUGUUAGCACCAAACUUUCCAGAAGAAGGGAUUUUGGAUGGAAAAGAGCCCCACGCAUGUAGAUAAUGGAGAUGCAACUUUGAGCAACACUGCAAGAAUAGGACCGAAGAGGUCUCAUCAAUGGUUUGUGGAUACUUCUGAAUCAGAGAUGUUCUCCAACAAGAAGCAAGUGCUGCCGUCUGUAAGCACCAAGUUGAGUUCAGGAAUGUCAUAUUCAGGCGGCCCUCGUUGGGAGAACUCUUCCAGCCUUCAGACUGUCCCAAACCAAUUCAUGGAUCGGUUUUUGGGGACUGAAUCUGCGUUGUCCGCCAGCUUUGCUGAAAGAAACAUAUCUUCUCUCGGAAGAGAUGAUCUAAGUGGAAGAAGAAAGGACACCGACAACCAAUUUGUAGAAGGUGUGCCUGUUGGUUUGUCUAUGUCUCAUGGCAUUGUAGAUGCGGAACCAUGUGUUAGUUAUGCAGGAAUUAGAAAAGUCAAGGUCAAUCAGGUUAAGGACUGUGACAAUGGCAUCAAUGUUCCACGGGAACAUGGCUCUAACAACAGUGACUUGACCACUGAUCAGGCCUUUAACAGGGAGAAUGAAACUAGUUUUGUGUCAGUGGGCCAGACGUAUAAUAAGGAGCAUGACAGUAUGAUGCCGAUGGGUCACACAUAUAACACUGAUGAUGCCCAUACCAGGCCGUCUGUUCCAAAUUUUGGCGGAGGGGAUGAAAAUACAAUUUCAAUAGGUGACACUUUUAGUAAAGGAGAUACCAAUAUAAUUUCUUUUGGUGGGUUUCCUGACGAACAAGAUAUUAUCCCUGUGGGUAGACCCGUUAGUAACUGUGAUCAAUUUUAUCACCAGAGUUUAGUGACACCAGAAACAGCUUGUGAGAAAGCAUUUGAUGGAUCGAAUGCAACUACUGUUUUGCAUACUCAUCGUGUAGUUAAUCCCAAAACUGAUUCGGUUACUAAGAAUAAAUCAGAAUGUAAACCAUCAAGGAAAGAGGCUCCAAAUAGCUUCCCCUCAAACGUGAGGAGCUUGAUAUCAACUGGUAUGCUUGAUGGGGUUCCUGUGAAGUAUGUUUCCUUGGCACGGCAGGAGCUUCGUGGAAUUAUAAAAGGUUCUGGCUAUCUUUGUGGGUGUCAAACAUGUAAUUAUUCAAAAGUUCUAAAUGCUUAUGAAUUUGAGCGUCAUGCCGGUUGCAAGACGAAACAUCCCAACAACCAUAUAUACUUUGAGAAUGGAAAGACAAUCUAUCAGACAGUGCAAGAAUUAAGAAGCACCCCGGAGAGCUUAUUGUUUAAUGCAAUCCAAACAGUCUUUGGUGCACCAAUCAAUCAAAAAUCUUUUCGCAUUUGGAAAGAAUCAUUUCAAGCAGCAACUCGCGAACUUCAGCGAAUAUAUGGAAAAGAAUAAAUGAACUUGUAGGAGUGUUUUCACUUUCUAGUAAAUCAGAAUUGUUAAUAUCUGUUGUAGUCUUCUCUUGUUGAGCAUUGUGCAGUAUCUACGGCUAGGGAUGCAGUGGAUGUUUGCUGCACAAAGAUGUAAAUCUUAAGAGAGAGCAUGAUUUCUUGUAAAGAGGCUUUCCUGUAGAUUUUAACCGUCGAAUUCCAUACCAAUAAAUAUUAUUAGCAAGUCCCAUGUUUGAUGUUUGG